GUUUUGUACGCCAGUCGGAGCCCAAACGCGUAACGUGUAUGACGUGGUUCGAACAAGGCUCCAGAAACCGACUUCCACCACGAGGUCCCAAACGGUUUGCGAAAAGCGACAGUGCCCGGGUCUCACAAACAUUACAUAUUAAGGGAUGACAGCUUAAAAGGGAGGGUGCUUGUUGUUUAGGUGAAAGUAUUUAUUUUAUUUUUUGUUACAAGUGCUUUUCUUCGUAAGACUUUGUAAGAAAAUUAAUUAAUUCAACCUGGAGAACCGAGGCUUGGUAACGCUGGAGGCUUCUUGCCCCAAGCGGAAGAAAUGCGACAUCAGAAAUGACAUAGACAAAGAGCCCAAGGACUUAACAAAUCGGACCAUGAUUCCAGCAACUCAAAUUAAAAUGAGACUGAUGUCCCCUAGCACUUCUCCAGCGACUUCUCCAACAAUGUCAAAUUCUUCGUCUCCAACGCCACCAUCUGUCAACUUCAACAAGAUCACCGGAAUCCCAUGUGUGGCGGCCGCGUCCAGGUAUACGGCGCCAGUUCAUAUCGACGUAGGCGGUACCAUAUACACUUCCUCGCUUGAAACACUCACCAAGUAUCCUGAAUCUAGACUGGCAAAAUUAUUUAAUGGCAGUAUUCCUAUCGUAUUAGAUUCCUUAAAACAACAUUACUUUAUUGACCGCGACGGAGCGAUGUUCAGACACAUUCUAAAUUUUAUGAGAAACUCAAGACUACUUAUUCCUGAAAAUUUUACCGACCUGGACUUACUGCUGGAGGAAGCCAAAUAUUUCGAUAUUGCACCAAUGAUUCGCCAAUUGGAGCAACUAAAAAAAGAACGAAUAAAAAACGGAAUUGUUUUUGGCGGGGUUCCAUCCCUCAAAGCAAAUUCUGGAGGUAAUGCAGGACACCCGUCCAUGAUAUCGAACUGCGACCUUUCGAAAACUCAACCACACAGUUCGUUUGAAUGCAUAGCCUUACACGUGAGUCCUGACUUGGGGGAACGUAUAAUGCUGUCCGGGGAUAGGGCGCUUUUGGACGAAGUGUUUCCGGAGACAAACCAGGCCCUAAUGGAUGCCCGUUCGGGAGUAUCCUGGAAUCAACAGGACACUAGGCAUGUGAUACGGUUCCCUCUGAACGGUUACUGUAAACUAAACUCGGUGCAAGCCAUAACAAGACUGCUUAAUUCCGGUUUCCGGAUAGCUGCAAGCAACGGGGGUGGGGUGGAGGGUCAGCAAUUCUCAGAAUAUUUGUUUAUACGGAAAACGUUACCGGGGUGAAGUCUUAAUCGCUUGUUUGCAGGACAAUCAAUCUUAUUACGACUGUUUACACUUGAAGAUCUCGGAGGUAAAUUUUACCCAUACACAUUCUGCUACCAAAGCGAGAUUUCUAUCUCUACAGUAUUUUAAAAUAAAAAAAUUACAAUACCAUUGGAUUCUCUGUGAAAUACUAAGGAAUUUUUUCCUUUGUGAUUUUUGAAUCUAACGGAUACUUUCUGAGUAGUUAAUGAUUGAAAAUUAAAACGAUCGAUUAAUUAAAACAUACUUUCUUUGCUAUGGGGUAGGGGAGACCGGGGA